CACCAUCAAUUGAAUUCGUAGUGUGACUUUCACUCCAAGCCAUUAAUCAAUCAUAUCUGAAUCACCUGCAUUUGCAAAGUUUCCUCUUUGAAUCAUCGAUCUCUCUGCGCGCGCUGACUCUCUCUCAUCUUGAUCGGCUGCGAAAAACGUAAAUUUCCAGAAGAAUCAACUGAUGGACAACAAGAACGUCGUCGUCUGCGAUAAUGGCACCGGGUAUGUUAAGUGUGGAUUUGCUGGAGAGAAUUUUCCGACUUCGGUUUUCCCGUGUGUGGUGGGAAAGCCAAUGCUACGGUAUGAAGAAUCGUUGAUGGAACAAGAACUGAAGGACAUUGUUGUUGGAGAGGCUUGUGCAGACUUGCGAAACCAACUAGAUAUAUCUUAUCCUGUCAAUAAUGGUAUUAUCCAAAACUGGGAUGACAUGUGUCAUGUUUGGGACUAUGCAUUUUUCAACGAACUUAAGGUAGAUCCUACAGAAUGUAAGAUUUUAUUGACAGACCCCCCACUAAAUCCAUCGAAAAAUCGUGAGCAAAUGGUUGAGACAAUGUUUGAGAGAUACAACUUUUCUGGUGUCUUUAUCCAAAUUCAAGCUGUCCUAACCCUAUAUGCUCAAGGCUUGCUCACGGGGUUGGUCAUUGAUUCUGGAGAUGGUGUCACCCAUGUGGUUCCUGUUGUUGAUGGUUACUCAUUCCCGCAUCUUACAAAGCGAAUGAAUGUGGCAGGCAGGCAUAUAACAUCUUACCUUGUAGACUUGCUCACAAGAAGAGGGUAUGCCAUGAACAGGGCAGCUGAUUUUGAAACCGUCAGACAAAUCAAAGAAAAGCUGUGCUAUUUAAGUUACGAUUACAAACGAGAGUAUCAGUUGGGACUUGAGACCACCAUUCUAGUGAAGAAGUACACUCUGCCUGAUGGAAGGGUUAUCAAAGUUGGCACAGAGCGUUUCCAGGCUCCUGAAGCGCUUUUCACUCCAGAACUUAUAGAUGUUGAAGGUGAUGGAUUGGCUGAUAUGGUAUUCCGCUGCAUUCAAGAGAUGGAUAUUGAUAACCGUAUGAUGCUUUAUCAGCAUAUUGUUCUAAGUGGGGGGAGCACCAUGUAUCCUGGACUACCAAGUCGGCUGGAGAGGGAAAUUCUGGACCGGUACCUUGAUGUUGUUCUUAAAGGAAAUAGAGAUGGGCUGAAGAAGCUGAGAUUAAGGAUAGAGGACCCACCAAGAAGAAAGCAUAUGGUGUACCUUGGAGGUGCAGUUCUCGCAGGGAUUAUGAAGGAUGCACCAGAGUUUUGGAUCAGCAGGCAAGAUUAUCUAGAGGAAGGACUUAACUGUCUAAGCAAGUGUGGCCAAGCAUGAUUAUCUCUUUACUCCCUCCACUCGAUCCGAAACAGGUUUUCGACUCGAUCAAAACCGGUUUUCCUCCUGCAAUCUCGGUUUAACUGAUCAAGUGGAACGGAAAGGUAAUAUUAGUGAUGAUGUUAUUUGGAAGAAUUUUUUUUCUUCUUUUUGUUUUGUAACCAAGGACACACCAUAUCACCAUAUGGUUGGGAAUGUGUAGGAUUUAAGUUGAUUAAUUCAAUACCAAAAAUUGAUAUGUGAAAAGGUAAUACUCUUCCAAGAUAUGAGACUAUUAUGUUUCUCAAGGGAAAACACUUUAUGCAGUAAUUCUAUCAAUUACAGAGGUUUUCGGUGA